UAAGGUAUAUAUAGGCAUGGAUCUUUGAGUCGUCACAUUUAGGAAGUAAAGCUCGCUAGAUAAUAACAAAAUGCGGAGUAUACUGGUCCUGAGUGCAUUGGUGGCGGCUGCCUUCGCAGCAGAAAGUGAAACGGUGCAGCCAACACCGUUCCAAUUCGUCACGACGACGCCGCGUUACUACGCGUCAUCAACGGCGUCUGUCGGCGCGUAUGACCCUAACCGCUUCUACAACGGCAACAACGCUGGCAGAUACAACAACUUCGGCAGAUACCCUGCCAACAGGUACAACCCCGGAGCGUACAACGCGGGUCGCUAUGACAACUCUGGGCGCUACGUCGCUGGAAACACUGGAGCUUACAACACUGGUGGUUACUACAAUCCAACAGCGUUUGGCCAAAGCUUCGUAAACAGACCUGACAAUAGCGGUAAAUACACGCCUGACAACACCGGCUUAUACAAUGGGGACCGCGGAACAGCAGGCGGUGCAUACAUCGCACAAAAGGAGCCAGUGGCAGUAAGCACGGCCACCGCCAGCCCCGUCGUUUCAGUAACCAUCCUUCCUGAGUCUAGCCCCGUCCCCAGCGUUGUCCUUGGCGCCUCUCCAAGCAGCGAAACUGCAGCUCCCAGCCAAGCGCCAGUUGCUUCUCCCAGUGAAGCUCCGGUUGUCUCUUCCAGCGAAGCAUCCGCUCCAGUACCCAGCGAAGCUUCCGUUCCAAGUGAAGUACCAGUAACUACCGUCGCCGCACUUAACGAUGCCGCUGAAGUUUCCCCUAGCGAAGUUCCUGUCGCUAGUCCCAGCGAAACUCCAGUGGUGUCAUCUAGCGAAGCCCCAGCUCCGGCCCCUAGCGCAGCCCCGGCUCCCGUGGUUCUUUUCAGUUCUACCGUCCGUCCCACUUCCCCUAGCUUUGCUCCCGUCUUUGUCCCGAGUCCCACACCCACUUACGUAUACAAACCUGUCCAACCAGUUGCACCGGUGGUGGCAACUUUAGGCGACGGUCGUUAUAACUACAACUUUGGUAUUCUCCGUCAAGAGACUGAAGUACUUCCCGACGGUUACCACUACCUCUAUGAGACUGAUAACAAAAUCCUUGCUGAGGAAGUUGGAAAAUUGGAAAGGAUCGACAACGAGAACAGCGGAAUUAGGGCUAAGGGUUUUUACGAAUACCUCGGCCCCGAUGGUGUUACAUACAGAGUAGAUUACACCGCUGAUGAGAAUGGCUUCGUCCCAGUUGGUGCUCAUUUACCCCAAUAAACUAGUUAUCUACCAUAUAAAUAUUUAAGAUAAAGUAGUUACACAUUAAAGCGAGCGUGAAUUUAUAAUGUAAAUAAAGUUAUGAAUUUUA